ACAGCUACCUUCAUCCAUCGGAAUAAUGAUACGUCCGAGAAACCCCCGGUGGAGGGCGACGUUAUGUUGGUUACCUAUGAGGACGGCCACUGGAGCGCUCCAUAUUACGACUGCGGAGGGGGUGAUAUAUGGAUGAUCACGUACACUGUACCAUUUCUUGGAUCCUACGAAAACGGCAGCUACUAUUUCAAAGGAACAAGUGGGCUGGAUAUAGAUCUACGGUCUAUAGACAUCAAUCAGUGCCCAGAGGACCCGGAUGAAGACAAAUCGAACAAUAAAGAGAAGAAUAUUUUCGCUGGAUCGGACAAAUGCAACAACGACACGCAAGUGUGCCAGUUCAUACCGGACCAAGGUUUUCGGCGUGGAUCCUACCACUGCGUGUGCCGUAAGGGCUUUUACUUCCCCUCGCCGGCCGACCCUGGGGAAAACUACUACAACGGUUCGAGUAUCGAGGCUGAAUAUGACCGGCUGCUAGCCGGCAACACUACCAGGUACUAUGAGAUGAUCUGUAAGCCGUGUGGCCCCGGAUGUGAUGAGUGCGUAGACGGACGAUCGUGCCGUUACGCCCAUAACUGGACCGUCCGCACCGUGCUCUUGAUUAUACAGUGCAUCACCAUUGGCUGCACGCUACCGCUCUUCGUUUUCACCAUCUACAACCGAGAGGUCAAGGUGGUGAAAGCGGCCAGCCCCGUCCUGCUGCGAAUUAUCUUGCUCGGAUCGCUCUUUCUUUAUUGUCCGGUACUUGUUAGUUACUAUGAGCCAACUGUAGCAACGUGUAUGCUUCUACAGUGGUUCAAGGAGGUCGGAUUCUCGAUAUUGUUUGGUGCAGUCCUCCUGAAGACAUGGAGAAUAUCGGUUGUCUUCAGAGUCCGGUCGGCAGCCAGAGUGCGCAUCACAGACAUCGACCUCAUCAAGCGACUCGGCCUUAUAGUCUUCAUCGCGAUAUUCUACCUAAUCGUCCGGACCGCCAUAGCGCCCCCUAAGGUCGAGACAGGCAUCUCCCUGUCCAACCUGAAGGCGGAGCAGUGCUCGUACGACUGGUGGGACUACGCAGCAAAUAUCGCUGAACUACUGCUUCUCCUGUGGGGCGUCAGACUAUGCUACGUGGUCCGAAAAGCGCCCUCAGAGUUCAACGAGAGCAGAUUCAUUAGUUGGGCCAUCUACAAUGAGACAAUGCUGUCAUUGUUCUUGUGUGUAGCCACAUUCUUCCUUCAGGAUCUGGCCAAUCCGGAUCUUCUUUAUAUCAUUUGGUUUUUGUACGGUCAACUCACAACCACGGUAGUUUUAGCACUUCUAUUUGGUAGCAAGAUUUACUUGGUGAGCCAGGGUAAAGGCGAUAAGACGGAGAGCCGUGUCAAGACAGCGACCACGGCCUUCAGACAGCGGACCUGGGACAACUCACUGUCCUCCCAGGGUCUUAUGGCUAAGACGUCAUCCUCGGAGAUGGAGAAACCACUCAAUCAAAAAGACAUAGAGGAUGAAUUGAAGAGGUUGUACACCCAACUCGAGCAGCUAAAAACCAGGAACAUGGUGGUUGGCAACCCCCAUCUCACCCGUAAACUGACUGAAAUGGCCGAGGUUGCCAGGGAAACAGAACAGAUGUUAAUGGACUCGGACGUUCCUAACAUCAAUGGCGUGCAUGAGAUUUCCUAUUCGUGCAACAACAACGGCAGGACGAGCAACUCGCAGGCAGACUGGAUUUAAAUCGUGCAGUUGGAGUGAAAUCUCUUAGCAUGCAGGACCGUUCAUCUUGAACUCCCUCAACCGCUAGUCGGUUGAAAGCUAAAGUGCAUAUCGAUGCCAGACUUUCUACGGCUGUUUGUGAGACUAAACUUGAGACCGACGACAUUGGUGGAAAUUUUGCGAAACGGUUAAUCGACGCUAGUUAAGUCAUUGCUGACUGUCGACACAGAACUAAUCGCCUUCCUAAAUUCGUCUCCUGCUGUUUAACACCUGGAAGUCUAAGGUGUCAUUUUGGAUGCGGUGUACGAUUUUCAGUGUCGAGAACCAACAUAACUUCGAAUGUUGCCGGUACCGAUUAUUCGAGACCGCAAUGACAAUGUAUUCGAUCGGGAUAUGUGGGAUCGUAUGCACCGCCCUUCGAUUCCAAAUAUCGAUAUUUUUUAGCACCAAAGCAAGUCCUGACACUCAGUGAUUUCAAGGCAGAGAUGUUAUAUGGUUGGUUUUAAUCUAUAUUGGAAAUUAAGUCAGACAAUUAGAACCUUUUUCCGUGCGAAAACACGACUUCGAACGACACUAGGCUGAACUGAACCCGAUGUGUCGCCAAUUAAACGUCAGAGUUUGGCAAGAAAACGAGCGCUAGUUUUAUCGUCUCUUAUACAAACUUUAACUGCUUGACUAAAAGUCCAUUAUAAUUAUUGCUAUAAUAAAAGAGGGCACUUACAGCCAGUGACCACUCGAAGGAGGAUGAUAAUUGCUCCGCCUUUUAUGCAAAUGUAUAUGUAAAUUGAAAAGAGGCAAAUACGUAAUACUUUGAAUGUACAAAAAAAAACUAUAUCUGUAGAGAGGUAUUUGGCGUUUGUUUUUUAAUCCCUCUUUUUCCACCUUUUAUGGUUUUGUCCCGAAGAGGCUUCAAAUGUAUUUUUAUAUCAGAGUCAAGCAUGUGUUGACAUUAUCAUCGGAGCAUGAAUAUCAGUGCAUCAAAACUUUGUACAAAUAUUCAGGUUGUUGUGUUUUGUUUCCAAUAAACUUUAAGGUUAACGUCACGAAAUCGUUAUAAUGCAAGGAUGUAAAGUGACGUAUUUAAUCGGACCAUAAAAAGUGACAUUGAGAAAAUGAUACAAAAUAAAAGGUAGACUCUCAAAAUAAAGCCAAAUCUGAAACAAGGAACAUAACAGGCAUCAAUAAUAACUGAAUGUAGGAGUUAGGCUGGAAAACUGUUCAACUUAGUUUUUUUUAAACUGACCACGAUUUAUCCAAUGCAGUAGUAGCAUAUCCAGC